AUGUUCGGUGCCGCUCAUACGCUAUCCGAAGCUGAAGAGAGGCUGUCAAGUUCGGUAGAGCAAAGGAAUACUUGCUGCUCGAGGUUUUACAAACUUGUCUGCAAUUUACCCGGGACAUCAUGAGACCUCACGCGUUCUAUAGCUGAAGUUAAACAUAGGCUGGAAAUCUCCUUUGCUGACGAUACGAAUGCCAUCGAUCGAGUUGGUGCUAUCUGUUCUUCUUCUCUUUAUAGACGGGGGAAAGCUAUACCGUGCUCGGCUGUUUCUUGAGCUUCCCACACCCGAUUUUUUUCCUCAUCCCUUCCAACCCAUCUGUAGCGAGAUUUGACUCACUUUCUUCAUCUCCGGCAAGAUUCAACCCCAUUUUCUUCAUCUCUGACAAGAUCCAACUCCAUUUGAUCCAUCUCCGGCGAGCUCCAGUGAGGGAAAGAGGUUAGGGCCUUGGGGGUUCCUGGUGUGAGGGUUUCGGGCCUUGGGGUUCCUGGUGCUGCCGGGCUUAGAGGGAGGACCGGCAGCGGCAGGCCGGACAGGCGGCGGUGGUGGGCGCGGGGGUGGCGAGGCACGGCGGCGGUGGCGCCGCGGGCCCGGGCAGUGGAGGACGGCGGUUGGGCCAGGUGGGGGGCGGGGCACCAAAUCGAGAGUGGUUAGCGUGGGGGAAGGAAGCGGUGGCGGAUCCGGCGGCGGGAGCCGCCGGAGACGAGUGGAGGAGGGCGGGGCAGGGGUAACGUUGCUUAGGAAGAAGCUUCGUUGCUUCUGUUUUUAUUUCGCAGGUGCAUCAAGGAAGAAGAACGGAGGAGGAGGAAGAAGCAGCAAGCGUUAGAUGAAGAUCCGAUGGUUGAGGAUUUCGAGUGUGUGGGGAUGUUAAAAUACUCGAGUACAUCAUAGACAUCCUCUUGUAGACGUGUCGUGACAGCACCAAACAUUAUGUCGAAUUCGGCUACAUGACACCAUGCUAUCAGAUUUGCUAAUUUUCUUCAAUGAUAAUUUGAAUUUUAUUCAAAGCACGAUGGAAAGUUUACAGAACUGGGUUUAAACCAAAAAACUCCAGAAAAACAAGGCAUUGCUAGUCCUAGCCGUUGGAUUAACGUGGAAAUAGGCUUCAUUCGUCUGAUGCUUCUGAUCUGCAGCCAGUCAACCCGCGCCGGCGCCGCCGCGCACGCCCCCAAUGUUCGAGCACCACCACGCGCGCCCGACCUCGCCGCCCGCAGCCGGCGACCGCUGCUCCGUCCCCUUCGACCCCGUUUCCCUCCCUGGCCUCCUCCACUCCGCCGCCACCUCCUCGCCCGGCGCCGCUGCCCCGGCCGUCUCCGCCCUCCACGCGGCGGGCCUCAAGCUCGGCGCCCUCCCCUCCUCCCUGCCGGCCUCCAACGCCCUCAUCUCCGCCUACUCCCAUACCGGCUUCCUCCCAUCCGCGCUCCGCGCCUUCUACCUCCUCCCCUACCCGUCCAACGCCUCCUACACCACCGUCCUCUCCGCGCUCUCCCGCCACGGCCGUCCCCACGAGGCGCUCUCCCUCUUCGCCGCCUCCGCGUCCGCUGUCGCCCCCGACGCCGAGCUCCUCUCCUGCCUCGUCUCAUGCUGCCGCCGCGCGUCAGCCUUCCUCCCCGCGCGCGCGGCGCACGCUUACGGCAUCAAGAACGUGGCGGUGCUGGUCUUCUACGCCUCGGCAGGUCCGGCGCUGGUCGCCCUGUAUGCGAGGUACGGGAAGGUCGGCGCUGCCCGGAGAGUGUUUGCUUGCAUGGACGGUGAGGACGUGGUGUCCUGGAAUGCCAUGAUCGGGGGAUUUGCUAGUGCCGGGAGGGACAGUGAGGCGUGGAAUUGCUUCCGGGAGAUGCGCAUGAGAGGUGUUCGAGGGAAUGCCCGCACAGCUGUGGCGGUGCUUGGGGCUUCUGAUUUGGAGUCCGGCAGGCAGGUCCACGGGAACAUGCUGAGGAGCCAUGGUGGUGGUUCAAAAACAAUUUUGUGGAAUGCGCUGAUGAGCAUGUAUUCCCGCGUCGGCUGUGUCAGCGACGCAGAGCAUGUGUUCUUGGAGAUUGAACGGAAGGAUGUUGUGUCAUGGAACGUGAUGAUUGGGGCACUUGCGAAGAACGGAUAUGGAAGGAGGGCUCUUGAGCUUGUGGACAUGAUGGUGCAGUGUGGUAUGCAGCCAGACUCUGUGACAUUCACGGGCGUUCUCAUGGCAUGCUGCCAUUGUGGCUUGGUGGAUGAAGGGCUUGCACUAUUCCAGCACUUUGUGUUGGUUGCUGGUCUCAUCCCAACUAUGGAGCAGUGCGCCUGCGUUGUGGAUUUGCUUGCGCGUGAUGGGAGGUUUGUGGAGGCCUUGGAAUUUAUUGCUCAAAUGCCGAUGAAACCAAAUGCAAUUGUCUGGGGUGCUCUGCUGUCUGCAAGUAGGAUGCAUCACAAUGUGGAAUUUGCAAGCAUUGCAUUUGAGCAGCUGGUUCAGGUGGAGCCUGAGAAUGCUGGGAAUUUUGUGACGAUGUCAAAUAUUUAUGCAAAUGCCGGAAUGGUAGAGGAUGCAAAGAGAGUGAGGAUGAUGAUUGACAGGGUAGAGUUAGCGAAACCUUCUGGACAAAGCUGUGUGGAAGUUGUGUAAUAACACCGAAAUAAGGUAGACUCCGGGGAUUGUUGAGAGUCGCACAUAUUUCAAAGAGGGUAGGUUUCAACUACUUAUUACUCCCUCCGUUCCAAAUUAUAAGUCAUUCCAACUUUCUUGGAGAGUCAAAGCAUCUCAAGUUUGACCAAAUUUAUACAAUAAAAUACUAACAUUCAUGAUACCAAAUAACUAACAUUAAUUUCUUCAUUAAAUAUAUUUUCGUAGUAUAUCUAGUCGGUGCCAUAAACCUUUUGUGAUCCUCUCUAUAAUUUUGGUCAAAUAUAAAAUGGUUUGACCCUCCAAGAAAGUUGGAAUGACUUAUAAUUUGGAACGGAGGGAGUACUUCACUACCCUCAAAUCUUUUGUCAUUCUAAUUGUCGAAAAUUAGCAGAAUUUAGUAACCUGUAAUACUACCUUUGUUUUCAUAUUAUCAAUGGUUGAUGGCCUAAUGUUAGUUUGUGAGCAAGGAUUGCAGCAAGACAAAUCAAAGCCUACAGCUCUCGAUCUGAAGUCACUCAAAGUGCCUGUAUGUUUUGGUGGUAAUUCCGUAUGGCCACCGGCAGGAAAUGAAGGCAAAAUAAAGGUUCUCCAGAUGAACGGAAAUGUGCUUUUACCUCACUGGGGUUGGUGGAAUGAAAACUGGAGUGCAGACUGUCCUUCCCUGCAUGUGGUACAUAACUCAUCUCCCUGGCAGCCAUCAUCGGCAGAAGUGUUGGUAGUGGAAAAACAUCACAAGGAGGCUUCCACAAGAUCUUUCACCUUCCAAACUAACAUGGUCUACUUGAAUAUGCUGUGUUGGUAGUGGAAAAACAUCACAAGGAGGCUUCCACAAGAUCUUUCACCUUCCAAACUAACAUGGUCUACUUGAAUAUGCUGAUGUUGGAGACUUGGAGUAUAGUUUGUCUAACAGGGAAAGACUUUCCACUUUGGCAUCAACAGGCUUAUCAUACCUCUAUAGAUUGCAUCUGAUCCUUCAACGUACAUGGGCUAAAAAAACUAUUGGUAGUUUGGUCCCACAUUCUUAAUUGCUAUUGUCCCUUUACGUGAAACCAAUUCUCUUUUCUUUUUCGA